UCGGCUGAUAACGGUAACAAAUGUCAACACUGAGCUUGGCCGGAAGUGGUGCUUGUUCCUUGCUGGCACAUGACGACACGUUCAAAUUCUGGACAGAACUAUUGAGACAGCAAACUCCUCUUUUGACGGUAAAGUAACAGUUUGAUAAUUUAUGUCACUUUAUCCUUACGCGCGUUUGAUUCCCGAUUUAGUUGGACGUCCUAAAUAGCUGCUAACGUUAGCAAACACCGUAGUUUCCUCGUUUGAGCGGAGUUGUCGCUAUGUCGGAAAUCAACUGUGGUCACUGCAUUUGUUAUUGCGACACAUACACAAACUAUUUGCUGACGUUUGGGAUGAUGUCGUGUUUCUCCAGCUUGCCGUACAAAAAAAAAGUUUUUGUAUGACAAGCUUUUUGGGUUUAGCGAGUGACGUCAGGGAAGCGUGCUGGGUUCACUUUCGAUAGCACUUGGUUGCGUAGAAGUCUUUCAGUUUCAAAUGAUUGAGUGAAAAAGUAUUCUAAUUGUAUAACAUAUAUUGCCGGGGAAAUAUAGUGAUCUCUGAUUUUGUCCGGACUGUGCAAGCAACGACCCAAGUAGCCCGAGAUUGAGUUCCAAACAUUUGGAGAGAUGGACAGUCACAGAAGGGGUACGCCGUGGGGAAAGCUGGUCAAAGUGGAUUCCAGUGACGCCGAAGUGCUUCUUUUCAACAGAGAAUGCACCAUUGGCCGUAAAAAAGGAUGUGAUUUGGCCUUUCCUGCCAAUAAACUGGUCUCAGGGGAGCACUGCAAGAUUGUGCAAGAUGAAAACUCAGGGCAAGUGUGGCUUGAAGACAUGAGCACCAAUGGUACAGUGAUCAACAUGGCCACACUGGUCAAAAAACAAACUCACAUGCUUCAAAAUGGUGAUGUCAUCUACUUUGUAUACAGGAAAAAUGAGCCUGAACAAAAUAUUGCGUAUGUUUACCACACAAUCAAAACAGAGCAAGGUAUUUUGCAAGAUCGUCACGACUUGUCAGCCCACAGUCCUUCUGCUCUCACAUCCACCGAGAUGACGUUGUCUGUGGAGCCUGUCAUGCUCACAAAAGCUCCUUGGCAUCUUAAUCAGGAAGAACCUCAGCCAUCCACCUCUACUUCCGACCUCUGUUUUCAGCUGCCUUUUACACCCGGACCCCUGUCAGCCAGAGCAUGUCUAAACUCUGGUAGCCAAUCCAGAGAUGUGGCUGAAGGACCUGAGAAAUCACUGAACAAUUUGGAGCCAGAAUGCAAGAAGCGAAAAACUGAGACCGCACUCUCAUCCAGCACAGAGCUAACGCCACCAACCUUGGCAUCAACUGGAAGUCUUUUGGUCCCAACGCCAGCAGAAGAGACCAAGACAGAUAAGAUGGAGGAAUCACUGACAUGUAUUAUUUGCCAGGAACUCCUAUAUGACUGUGUCAGCUUGCAACCCUGCAUGCACACAUUCUGUGCUGCCUGCUACUCUGGCUGGAUGGAGCGAUCUUCUCUUUGUCCUACAUGCCGCUGCCCUGUGGAACGGAUCCGUAAGAACCAUAUCCUCAACAACCUGGUGGAGGCCUACCUCAUCCAACACCCUGAAAAGUGUCGUAGUGAGGAGGACAUGAAGAGCAUGGACAGCCGCAACAAGAUCACUCAGGACAUAUUGCAGCCAAAAGUUGAGCGUUGUUUCUCUGAUGAGGAGGGCAGCUCUGAUUACCUUUUUGAGCUCUCUGACAAUGACAGCGACUCCUCUGACAUUAGUCAGCCUUUAGUGAUCUGCAGACAGUGUCCAGGUUACAGGAGAGAUGUCAGUCAGAUGCUGUUUGCCAACUUUGCCACAGGCUCAAACUGCUGGGUUCCAGGUCUGCCAGUCCCACCUCCUUUGCCUCCUCCUCUUCCACCUCCAAUCAAACCAGCUGGAGAUGAAGGCUCUGUGAAGUCCAUUGGGGAAGAGCCCUCAACCUCUUCUGACAACCCAUCAGCUCCUCUAGAGUACCGCUGUCAACCUCUGGGCUGCCAUCUCAUUUGUACCUGCUGCCUGCAGCCAAUGCCAGACAGACGGGCUGAGUUGAUCAGCCAGCAGCAUUGUGUGCAGUGCCAGCGUCCUUUCUGUCAUAUUUAUUGGGGUUGCCAGAGGAUUGGCUGUCAAGGCUGCCUUGCUCGAUUCAGUGAGCUUAAUCUGACUGACAAAUGUCUGGAGGGUGUACUGAACAACAAUAACUACGAAUCAGAGAUCCUCAAGAACUAUUUGUCUUCUAGAGGCAAGACAUGGAGGGAUCUACUCAAGGAAGCUGUUAAUGACUUGCAGCAGGGGAAAUAUUGCCUUCCAUAUCGCCAUAUGUCUGCAAAUACAAUCCUUUGUAUGUGCUGCGGCCUGAUGGUGUUCAAGGAGCUGGCGUACAAGUACAGACAGAAUAUUCCUCAGUCUGAACUACCAGCUGCUGUAUUGUCUCGUCCUGACUGCUACUGGGGACGUAACUGUCGUACACAGGUGAAAGCCCAUCAUGCAAUGAAAUUCAACCACAUAUGUGAGCAGACCCGCUUCAAGAGCUGAGCGAACAAAGCUGCUGGGCAACUCACAGCACAAUGAAGACUCAUCUCAUCUAGUAGUGUUCUGCCUAUUGAAGCUGUCCCCUAUUAUGCACACUAAAAAUACAAAAAAAGCAGUCAUUAUACAUUCAGAAUAGACUCGAACCAAACAUGGGGCUAAGUGAAGUAUUGUUAUGCACAUUACAGGUUAAGCAUGAAAUAAAAUAUUAACUGGGUGGACUCUGACCAACAUUUUGAUUUUAUUUUUGUCAUUUGCUGGUACAUUUGUUGAGUCUACUGGUAAACCAGCCAACAGCUGUGCUUAGAUUAUGCACAAAUGUGUUUUAUCCUCUACUUCUGACCUGCUGUAUUGUGCAUAGUUUGUGAUAUAACUUAGGUGUCAUAUGAAGUGCCUGUUUUAGAAUUAAGAGCUUCCUCUGUGCACACACACACAAAAAAAGAUGUAAAAUACAAAUGUUAUGCAUAUUAUUGUAGAUCGAGAGAGUAUAGAUAUGUAUAUUACAGAUUAUUAAAGAAAAAGUGAUGCUCUUUAGAUUCAUUUUGGGACUGCUCUGGACAGUGAUACUGGGUAUCAGUAGGUUCCUGCAUACAUACAGGACUUCACAUUUUUUGUUUUCCUUUUUUCUUUUUCUUUUUUUUACAUCAGUCCAAUGGAACAAAGGCUUCUGUUGUACACUUUAAUCUGGAUAAUUAUCCAGAGAGGAUGCUUUUUAACAAAGGCAAAGCUGCAAGCAUCCAGUAGCAGUGCAUCAUGCUGAGGCUGAUGUUAGGCUGCAGUAGAUUACUUACUGUACUGUAAAUGUAUCUAUUUUUAUUGCUAAAAAUAGUUUUCGGUCACCACUUGUGGAGAUGCUGUAAAUAACAAGACUGGGAGACAAGAACCAGUCAUGUCACUUUACGCUCCACAUAGUUUUCAGAUCCAACAGCCAACCACUCAUUUUGAAGCCAACUCUCUUUUUGAAUCUUUCAUGUCCUGCCCCUCCCUUGAAGAUACACGCCCCUGGUGAAUGUCUCCCUAAAAAGGAAAAAAAUAAAAAAUUCUGAAGAGGUGAAUCAGCUCAUGCGGGGGUCCAGUGUACUUCGUUUCGCCGAACAAAUCAACAAGUACAAUUAGUAGAAACCAUUGCUAUUCUGAAUGGCAAUGUUUGGUUUACCAGAUGCAGAUUAUUCUCCUCUUAUUAUGAAAGUUAUUUUCAUAACAGGUUCAUGUUUUAUAUUGAUAUAAUGGUUGGUCAGUAGGAGGGAUUGUUAGUUUAAAAUGUUAUCUUGUUUCUCAGUUUUAUGACGCUGCUGUAAAUUUGUUUAACUAGAAAAUUAUGUACAUUUAUGACAAUUUAGAAAAUAUUGGAUUUAUCUUUUCUCAUCACCUAGGAUGCAACAUAGCUUGGCAUUAUGCAAAAAUGCAUAAUCCUAAUAAAAUGUUUCUGAAACCAGUUGA